AAGGUCAUUCAUUUUCUAUUAUAAUGGCGGACUGACUCUGUCAAAUCGAAGCAUAAGUACCUACUAAGUAAUUGUAGGAAAUCUUCAAUCGGGUGGAACGUAUUUUUUAAUUGGUGCAUUGAUGAAAGCAAAUCUAUAUACUGUUUGACCAGGUGUGGACGGAAGAAGCUAUGGCGGAGAAUAGAAGUUCGGACGCCGUCGGUAUGCCGGACAUUACCGAACCCGAUUCAAGACAAGCCGAAAGACCUCCCGAUCUUGUCGCCGCCGUCACGGCGGCGGCCGAGCAAAAUGCCGAGCGAUCUGAUGGCGCGGUUGUUUUGGCCAGAGAAUCAGCACGGCUUUCAAACGACUCCAACGGGGUCGUUACAGUUCCCGUCUCGUUGCCCGUAGGCACACUACUUACUGGCACUACUUUCAAUGUAAUUACGUCGGACCAGUUGCCUCAUUUCAAGCCUAUGCUGUGUGUGGAUAACGGCUUUAUAUCGGGAGGACCUGUGACUGAAGAAAUCAAGGCUACACACAUUGUGAUACAAAAUCCAAAUUCUGGGUCACCGCCUGGUUCCGUAUCGAGUCAUAAUGGCGGUGGGUCUACAGCAGUUUCUUCACGCAUCGAGAGCCCGCGUUCAUGGUCUGAGACUGCUGGCAUGCCUAUACUGCCAGUGCGUUGCAAGAACAUUUCGGCAGAAUUAUACAAACAAAAACUUGGCUCUGGAGGUCGUGGAAGAUGCAUAAAGUACGGCGCAAACUGGUAUACACCUAGUGAGUUUGAGGCAAUAUGUGGGAGAGCAUCAAGUAAAGACUGGAAAAGAUCUAUCAGGUUUGGGGGAAGAAGUCUGCAGGCCCUGAUAGAUGAGGGCGUUCUGACUCCCCAUGCUACCAGUUGUACCUGUGGGGCCUGUUGCGAUGACCCGUCUGCCACAAAAAACGAUGCUGACCAAGCUAAAUCAACGUCCUCAGCCACUGGUCCCAUCCGACUUUUUCAACCAUAUAAGAGAAGAAGGCGAGCAAAUGCCGAUUCGGAGGAGAAAACAUCUAAAAGGAAGAUCAAGAGGGAGAGGCCAGUAAUUGGUGACACUGAGGUGGAUAACAUACACCAGUCAAGCAGUAAUAGCCACUCGAAGGAGGCUUGGCAGACGAUAGCAGAGGGCUUGGAAAACAAUGCCCAUUAUCAUAUGGUGGAGAACACUGACCCCAAUCCAGAGCAUGCUACUGGUCUCCCAGACUUGGGCGGUGUGUGGAAACGUCUCGAUGACAUAAGCCAAGGUUUGGUUCGCCUUGCUGGCGAACUGAAACAAUGCGUGGAGGAAGUGAAGUUGUUGGGAGCGAGACAACUUGACAGGUUGGAGCAGGAGCGGGCUUCCGCUCUGUUGGUGGCCAGUGUGGACGCACAGGUCGAGGCCGAGCAUGUGUCUCUGAAUAAUGUGGAGGACACAGAGUCGAAAAAGUGCUCGAACUGCAAUCGGGAGGCGUCGGCCGAGUGUUCGCUGUGCCGACGCACGCCUUACUGCUCCACGUACUGCCAGAAGAAGGACUGGGCGGCGCACCAGAUCGAGUGCCUGCGCAGCGUGCCCACGAUUCACACGGACUCGCAGCAGCACCAGUCGAUAAUGCUCAUUGUCGAGAGCCAGCAUCAAUAGCGUCCCGAACCCAUUAACUUCAAGAAGGAUAUAAUAAGAAGGAUGUCAUUCAUAGCAUGAGAGUUGCCAUUUACGAAAAAAGUGUAAUUACAUACAUUCAAGUGUU